AUGUCUGAUAUGCAAAAGGGAUUGCUUAAAGUUGUAUCAGAAGUGUUGCCUGAAAGUGAACAUAGGUGGUGUGCCAGACAUAUAUUAGCAAACUGUUUGAAUAUGCUUGGGAAUGGGAUAUGUGAGAGCCUCUUGAGGUAUAACAAGGAAACCUGGUGCAGAGCAUACUUCAACUGUGACAGGAAAUGUGAUAUAAUUGACAACAAUAUGUGCGAGACAUUUAAUGCUUGGAUAUUUGCUGCUCGGCACAAGACAAUUAUCACAAUAUUGGAGGAAAUUAGAGUGAAGAUAAUGGAGAGAAUAGGAAAGUUGAGGGAGUUUGCAGAUACAUGGGUAUGUGAUAUAUCCCCAAUUUCUAUGAAGGUGUAUCAGGAUAACAUGGCCCAAUCUAUGAGGUGUACAAUCAAGUGGAAUGGUGAAUAUGGCUAUGAGGUUGAGGAUACCUCAUUAAGAGUGGUGCUGAAGCAUUGUGUGAAUAUGCAAGCUCAAACUUGUACAUGCAGGUCAUGGAUGCUGAAGGGUAUCCCUUGUGCUCAUGCCAUUGCUGCUAUGCAUUUCAAGAACCUUGACCCAAUUAACUACAUAUCUCACUGGUACCACAAAUCCACCUAUCUGAAGGCAUAUUCAACAUUCAUCUAG